UGUGCCUCGGCGUCCUUGCAGAGCUUCGUGCUCAGUUUUUCUAAACUGCUUGAAGGAGCUGGUUUGAUACUCGAAAAACUCCAAAUAAACCCUGGAGAUACUAAGGGUUUAAAUAAGCAUCUUUACAUUUUAAAUUAAUCGGCCUGAUUGAUUUCUCGGUGACAUGAAGUGACGACCUAAUCCCUCGGAAGAGGCUGGCGUUUGAGCUCUAAGGGAGGGAUUUUCAAGAUGUUUCAUUUCUCAUUCCUGAAUGUGGAAUGCUAUCAAAAGAACUGAAAAACCUGGUUGCGGACACUGGACCCUAUUACUUUGUGAAGAAUUUACCUCUUCAUGAAUUAAUUACACAUGAAUUUAUCCACACUUUUGUAAAGAAAGGUUCGUGCUAUGCACUAACAUACAAUACAAAUAUUGAUGAAGAUAAUACUGUUGCCCUGCUUCCAAAUGGGAAAUUAAUUUUAUCACUGGAUAAAGAUACUUAUGAAGAAACUGGACUUCAGGGUCAUCCAUCUCAGUAUUCUGGCAGAAAAAUUAUGAAAUUUAUUGUUUCCAUUGAUUUGAUGGAUUUAUCCUUUAACCUGAAUUCUAAGAAGUAUGAAAGAAUAUGUUGGUCCUUCAAAGAAAAGAAGCCAAUGAAAUUCGAUUUUCUUUUGGCUUGGCAUCAUACAGGUGCAGAAGAAUCAGCGAUGUUGUCAUUCUUUUCUAAAUACCAAAUUCAGGAGCAUCAGCCCAAAGUAUCAAUGAGCACAUUGAGCGAUCUCCAGUGCCCAGUGCUACAGAGCUGUGAGCUCAGGGGAGAGCCCGAGACAUCCUGCAGUGCCCUAGAGCUCUUGGACUGGUUUGGAGGUGUCUUCUGUAAUGCAGUCCUAAAUAACGAGCCUGAUAAUUUCAUAUCAAACUUUUGCUGUCCCCAACCAAGCACAGUGGUGGCCCAAGCUCAUUUAUGUACAAUCACUGGUUUCAUACUUCCAGAAAAGAUCUCUGUCUUACUGGAGCAGCUGUGUCACUACUUUGAUGAACCAAAGUUAGCUCCAUGGGUUACAUUAUCGGUCCAAGGCUUUGCAGACAGCCCGGUUUCAUGGAGAGAAAAUGAACAUGGUUUUUGGAAAGGAGGAGAACAUUUAUACAACUUCGUGAUUUUUAAUAAUCAGGACUAUUGGCUUCAGAUGGCUGUUGGGGCAAAUGAUAAUUGUCCACCAUAAAAAAAUUCAAAAUCAUGUUUGUUUAUAUUUA